UGGAGACUUACUUCCUGCCUCUUCUGUGUUUUCUGUUUCUCACAUUAGCUCUCUAAACCCAGCUCCCCAAGCAAGUAUUUCUACCUUGCAAGCUGCUUACAGCAGCUGGAUGCCUUUUCUGAAAGAAACCAACCCCAGACAAAACUGUCCCAGCCCUUGCAUUUAUGCAGCUGCUAAUUUGACCCUAAUCCAUUUUAAAAGGAGAGGGCUGGUGGGUGAGGAUGGAGUCAGAGCAGGGAGGUCCUCUCUUGCCGGCAUGCCUACAGUGCCGACAGAUCCGCUUUCCCAUGGGAGAAUUUUAACUCUCCCCUGAUGGCUUCAAAGCUGAUUAUUUCUGGCUUCCUGGUUGUGCUUCAGCGGUGGGUGACUGAACAUCGUCUUCGCUGCGUCACUGUGAUAGCAGUAAUGUGAAGUUUAAUGAGCACUUGCAAAGUCGUAUAGCAGGGAAGGAACUGCCAUGCCCAUGGGAAUCUUCCGGGUGUGCCUAGUGGUGAUUACAGCUAUCGUCAACCACCCGCUCCUCUUCCCUAAAGAGAAUGGCACCAUCCCUGAGAAUGCAGAAGAAAUCAUCCAGAAGAUGAAGGAGCGGGAGGAGAGCCUUCGGCUGGAGAAGUUGCGCUUAGAGCAGGAAAUUGCAGAGCAGGAAGCCACACAUAAGGCUCUGGAAAAGGCUGAAGUGAUAGUAGAGGAAAGCAAAGAGGGAAAAGUCCAAUGGGAUAUGUGGACUGCCCUUUCCAUGGUCAUCUUCCUGCUGAUUGAGCUCUGGAGGCAGGAUUUCCAGGAAGGGAAUUGGCAGGACACAGGAGGAGAAGAGGAUGACAUGGCUGUCCUGGGGAAAGCAUUUAAAGGAGUGGCCUUCCCUGACAAGGCCAUCUUGGCCAGCUUCUAUGAGAAGCGCAUCUUGGGUACCACUGGAGACAUGGCCAGGAUGCGGGAGAUGGUGGAAGGCUUUGCAGAUGACUUGCUGGAGGCCUUGAGGAGUGUUUGCAACCGAGAUGCUGACAUGGAAGUGGAGGACUGCAUGGGUGUGGGGAGCAUGUAUGAAAAUUGGAGGGUGCGUAAACCUUUUGUCUGUGAUCUGAUAGUGCCUUUUGCCCCACCAGAGCCAUACUGUUUUCAGUCCCAGACCUGGUGCUCUGGUGAUUCUUUUCCCCCCGAUGAGCAAGGUUAUGGCACUAUCAAGGUAUGCAGGGCAGAUGAGGAUGUGACAGGUUGCAUCUGUGACAAGACUAAACUAGGGGAAGAUAUGCUGUGCCUCCUCCAUAGCCAAGCCAAUACUACCAGGCUCAGCAGUGAGAUGGAAGACCUCUUGUGUUUCAAAAAUACACAAUAUCUGGAUGCUGACCAAGUCAUGAAGUGGUUCCAGAUUGCAGUCACCAAGGCCUGGAACAGAAUCUCCCACAAGUAUGAAUUUGACCUUUCUUUCAGCCUCCUGGACUCACCAGGAGCCCUGAAGAUAAAAUUUAGAUCAGGGAAAUCGAUUGCCUUCAAUCUCACCCCUGUGGUGCAGUAUGAGAACUCUGAUGUUUACUUCAUCUCUCAUUUCCCUCGAAGUGGCCUGGCAACAGACCUCUCCUCCAGCACUCACUGGUUUCUCACCUUCGCAGUGUAUGAGAGGAGGUUCAUCCAGCUGGUCUCCAAAACACUGCCUGUCAACGCCUGCCAUGUCAGCUGCCUGCAGAUCCUCUCCUUCCUCCAUGGGAAGCAGUGCAGCCUCACAGGUCCAAGCGGGCUUACCAACUACCACCUGAAGACAGUGAUGCUGCAUCUCCUGCAGGCACGUCCCAGUCAGGACUGGGUCCCAGAGAAGCUGGAGGCCCGUCUACAGGACAUGCUGAAAUUCCUGGAGAAAUGUUUGCAUGAAAAGAAGCUCUAUCACUUCUUCAUUGGCAAUGGGAAGGUACCAGCAGAGCUGGGCUUCCCCAUCAUAUUCCAGAGGGCUGAGCCUCUCAACCUUUUCCGUCCCUUUGUGCUACACAGGGACAUUUACAGGAAGACAGUGGACACGUUCCACGAGAUGCUCAGGAACACGUCUGCACUGAUAAAUGAGUACACGAUGCACAUUCCCCUUGCACAAACCAAUGGAAUCCAUAAGGAAUCCCUUUAACCAAAGCCAGCAGGAAAACACUUGUUCCUCUAAGCACAAGUACAGACGGCAGCUUUCCAAAGCCUCCUGGAGAGAACUGACUUUGCCAGUACCAGCUUCUUGUCUGCAGCUGAACCAGCCCUGGGCCAUGGUUUCUGCAGCAAAGGAGAGGGGAUGGGGGGAAGAUAGGGAAAAACUGGAAGACAUGGUAUAAAAGUUUCUGCCCCACUGGUGUGCUGCCUGGAUUUUACACAGCUAAGAAUAUAUUUUUCUAUUGUGCAUCAGUCAUGCUACAGUGGUGGUAAGCAACAGAUGUGAGUAAUUCAUUCAGCUGCCUGCAGUGGAAGUGGUGGUGGUAGCCAAAUACUUCAUUUCCUUUGGAAGGGGGAGAUAAGAAAAGGGUGGAGGAAUCGGAGACAGGAUCCUGCGUGCUUGCAGGGGCUCUGCCACCAGUGGGAAGUGUGGCAUAAGACUGGACGCUGAUGUGAGGAGGAGGAGGACCAUGCGCAAGAUCUGGACUAGAUGGAGAUCCUAAAUCAACCACAGCUCUUUAAUCAAAAGGGAACUGUGGUUAUUUAAAAAAACCUUCUUAAUAGGACUUGGAGCUUGUCCUGUCCUUCAGAAACACCCCUGCACAUUUUUCCCUGGGGAGGAUGUAGCAGAGCAGGCAGCAGGGUCUCUGUCUUCAGACCAUUUCAUUUGAGUCUUCUGUUUUCUUCAUGGUAACACGGCUAGCAGGUUAUAUUCCUGGCCAUUUUCCAUGGAUAAAUGGACAGGAAACUUUUUUUACCUUAGAUAAAAGAGAGAAACACCAUUAUUCUGGCGUUUUGGUUUAUUUGUUUUCUUUACCUCAGGGCAGCAAGGCUGUGAACAGCCAAGAGAGAAAGAACUGCUGCAGGUUUUGCUUUCAUAGAAGAAGCAGUUCUCCAAAAUUAUCCUGUAAUAAAUUCAAUCUCAGCACUCUGGUAGCAGGAGGGAACAAUCACCCUCCAAAUGAGAGUGUGACUCUCCCAGCAUGUUUUUAAUGAGGCCAAGGCCAGCAGGAUGGCUCUGAAUUCAGGGGAGGGAAUGAAAGUGGUGCACAUGCAGCAGAGCUUGGCAGCACUGGCUCUGCAGCUGCCUUGUAGUUUGUGUCACAUCCUUUCUGCCCCCAGAUACCCAGGCAAAAGCUACCUGUUUGCCUCCAUAUAGGGUCUCCUCAAUCCUUUUAAAGACCGCUGCUCUGAUGAGGCUCUGAUGCGCUGCUGCUAGCAGACUGUCAUUUGCUGAGCCAGGAAUGCCAUGGGGAAAUGACCGCUUCUGCAGGCUUUCAAGCCAGGAGAGAAUCUCAAGGCAUGUGCUAAAAAACCCGGUGCAGAAAGGGAGAUGCCUGAACUCCCUCAGGAAGCAGCAUGUCAGUGCUGUGCCAGUGGGCUGCCCAGCCCUGGCGAGGUGGCUUUGCUGGAGGAAAAGGCUCAGUAGCUCCUCACCCUCUUUCAUGUGCUUCAUGCAGGAUCCAAACCAGGGCCUCAGUGCAGAUCUGCUUUGUGCUGGUCCUGGAAUCCUGGCUUUCAGUGCUAAGGGGCCUUAAGUCUUACCAUUUUCUUACACUAGGGUUUCCUGCUGUGUUUUACACUAGGGCUUCUCUGAAUUCUGUUUACAAGAGGGUAAACAGUUCUGGGUGGUAAGACCCAUCAGGGAUGUUACCGUCACUCCACAGGUCCCUUUUUAUCAGUCCUCUCUAUCACACGCAUCAGAGAGAAGAUUUAAUUCUGUAUCACUACUAGGGACACAUAGAGCAUGAGGCUUAUAAUCGAGCUUGUUGAUAAGCAAACUUUCCACAGAUGUGUCCUUUCCUCCCUUUUCCUGGUAAAAACCAUUUCACUACCUCCUUGAUGCCUGCUCUUGUCUGUUCCUUCACCAGCGAGGGACGUUCCAUGCACAAAGGCAGAGAAAGCUGUAACUCCCGUUUCCACACGUGUUCUGUAAGAAAGCAGAGGUGAGGACAGGGAACUCCCUGCUCAAAUUGCUGUUCUCCUUGGCUUUUAUUAUCAAUACUAUAGGGUGGUUAAGUAAUAUAUCUGAGCAGAAUGUAAGGGGUAGGAAGCAAAAUGGGAGAGAAGAGGCUGGUGGGUAAUGCCAGUAGCAACGACUCUCGGAUCAUCAGUGCUUUGCUUCAGCACCCUUGGCGAUGAGCCCCUGGGAGACUGCCAGGGCUGGCAGAACAACAGGGCAGGACUAAUUGCUAACGCUAACAACACUAACCUGUAAGCCCUUGGCUUUCAUUAGUCCAACCAAGCCAGCCUUCCCCAGCAGGAAAGAACAGGAGCAAUCUCAGGGGACACAACAAGCAGGUAGUGACAAGCAGAGGUACAGGGAGAGUGGGUGAAUACUGGAGCCUGGAGGCUACAUUGGAAGCUGUGGAAGCUGUUAGCAAACCCAAGCAAUCUACCAUUUUUACCUGCCCAGGUUCACUGUACGGUGCCUGUGGCAGAUCCAGCUUUGCAUGGGCUGGUGGCAGGCAGGUCAUGCUGAAGCAGUUGUGGUUGGAGUUUCUUCUAAACGUGUUCCCAGCCCAGCCAGAAAGAAAUAAAGAUUUCUCUGCCAUUUCCUGUCAGGAGUCUAAAUUUAGACUGUCCAAAGAACAGAAACGAAUUUGUGACCCAGGUCGCUCAGGAAAUGACAUUCAGGGUUGAAAAAUAACUUCUAUAUAAGGUUGAACAGCGGGAGGAUGAGAAGAAAGGGCUGUUGAGCAAAAUAAGGUAACUCCCCUGUUAAAAUGUCAGAACAAAGCUUUGUAACGCCAGUCCUACGGGCUUGUAAACAUGCCUAAACUCGUCUUCACACAGCUCCAAGCACUGCUGCUCAGACUCAAAGGGAACCUAAACUGAUAAGUGGAUUAAAUCUUUUUUUCUUCA